GUGGGGUUUGUGUAAGUCCCAACCCCUCUUUCUCCAACUUUCAGAAUAUCGCGCUUACUUCGGUUUCCGUUCUCCAAUAUCCAGGGCCGUUGCAGCAUCGGUAGUCAGACUCGCCAUCUACCUCAUCGUCUACAUGGCUGGGUACGUGACUGGAUAUGACCUCGAUCGUGAGAAUCCCCUGGUAGAUCACCAACGCGAAGGUCUGACUGACAACACGGAUAGAAACGGUCACGACAAUGCUUUGGUGGAGUAUGAUCGAGGCCAGUCUGGGCCUUGUCGUUGCUUGUCUCCCGGUCAUCCGCCCCCUCCUGGGCAAGGCCAAGGUGGCCCGGAUGCCCGGCAAGAAUCGCGGAGACGGCCAAAGUCAGGAAUCCCAGCAGCGUCUUUUUGUGUUGGAGCCAUACCCUGGGUCCGCAUCUCAGGUACAGAGACAGCCCCAGAGCUUGAACACGCCCUCCAGCCGCUCGUUUUCAGAUUGUGUGUAACGUGGUGUUAUCGAUGCCCAAUCAAGAUGGUGGCGGGGGGUUGAUCGGUGGUCGUCGGUCGGGCU